GGAAGUCGGUUUAAGGAGCUCUGAUUGGUUAAUCUACGGCAGACAGACGGACUCUCGUGUUAAACUGAAGCAGUGAUGGUUCCUAUACGUUUUUAUUAAUAUGCAGCUCAUCUAUGAAUAAUAAUAGGUCAGUACCAAGUCCCAGGUCAGCACCAAGUCUCAGGUCAGCACCAAGUAUCAGGUCAGCACCAAGUCUCAAGUCAGUACCAAUCCCAGGUCAGCACCAAGUAUCAAGUCAGUACCAAGUAUCAAGUCAGUACCAAGUAUCAAGUCAGUACCAAUCCCAGGUCAGCACCAAGUCUCAGGUCAGCACCAAGUAUCAAGUCAGUACCAAUCCCAGGUCAGCACCAAGUAUCAGGUCAGCACCAAGUCUCAGGUCAGCACCAAGUAUCAAGUCAGUACCAAUCCCAGGUCAGCACCAAGUAUCAGGUCAGCACCAAGUAUCAGGUCAGCACCAAGUAUCAGGUCAGCACCAAGUCUCAGGUCAGCACCAAGUAUCAAGUCAGUACCAAUCCCAGGUCAGCACCAAGUAUCAGGUCAGCACCAAGUCCCAGGUCAGCACCAAGUAUCAGGUCAGCACCAAGACCCAGGUCAGCACCAAGUAUCAGGUCAGCACCAAGACCCAGGUCAGCACCAAGUCCCCGGUCAGCACCAAGUCUCGGGUCAGCACCAAGUCCCAGGUCAGCACCAAGUCUCAGGUCAGCACCACCAAGUCUCAGGUCAACACCAAAUCCCAGGUCAAGACGAAUGGGUCAUGAUGCUGCAACAUGUAGGUUCCGUUGAUUAUCUCUGGUUCACCCAGCCUCACAUCAGUGUUAUUUAUUAUAUAUUAGUAAUGAUCCGUGUCUACUGCAGAC